CCCCCGCCCCCAGGCCCGGACCUGCUGCAGCCGGAGCCGGGGCCGCGGAGCGGGGCGGGGAGGGGCGCGGACAGGCCACCGGGCAGACGGCCGCGCCGAGGCCUCUCCCCACCAAGCGGCCUCGGGGUCCGCUGCGCCCCUCGCCGGCCCCAGACUUCUUUGCCUCCUUCUCGCCUUUACCCCGCCCUUCCCCGAGCUCCCGACCGCCGCCCUCUUCUCACUCCCGGCCUGGCCCUUCUCGGCACCCCUUUGGCUCGGGAGAUGCGAUGAGCCGGUGCCUCCGCGUCCUCAUCUCUGCCGCGGGCACGGUGCCCCUCCAGUGGGGAGGGCGCACCCCGCGGCCCCUCCGUGACGCCCCUCCCUGGGCCCCCUCCGCAGCUGGCGUCCCUGGGCCAUGCCCCAAGGGACCCAGCCGGGGGGUGGGCUCUAGAGCGCGGGGGCUGGAGAGGAGGAAGGACGGGGCCCUGGGCGCCUCUGAGAUGCGCCCCAGCGCCAGAGGGGGCCGGCGCCCGGGCGGCAGGCAUGAUGCCCUCUCCUAGUGACUCCAGUCGCUCGCUGACCAGCCGGCCCAGCACCCGGGGCCUGACCCACCUCCGCCUCCACCGACCCUGGCUGCAGGCUCUGCUCACCCUGGGGCUGGCCCAGGUGCUCCUGGGCAUCCUGGUGGUCACCUUCAGCAUGGUGGCCUCCAGCGUCACCACCACCGAGAGCAUCAAGAGGUCCUGCCCGUCUUGGGCUGGAUUCUCGCUGGCGUUCUCCGGGGUGGUUGGCAUCGUGUCCUGGAAGCGGCCGUUCACUCUUGUGAUCUCCUUCUUCUCCUUGCUGUCGGUGCUCUGUGUCAUGCUCAGCAUGGCGGGCUCUGUCCUCUCCUGUAAGAACGCUCAGCUGGCCCGAGACUUCCGAGAAUGCUCUGUGGAAGGCAAAGUCUGUGUGUGCUGCCCCCCCAUCCCCCUCCUGCGACCCUGCCCAGAGUCUGGACAGGAACUCAAAGUUGCCCCCAACUCUACCUGUGACGAGGCCAGGGGGGCCCUCAAGAACCUCCUCUUCAGCGUUUGUGGGCUCACCGUCUGCGCCGCCAUCAUCUGCACCCUCUCAGCCAUUGUCUGCUGCAUCCAGAUCUUUUCCCUGGACCUCGUGCACACACAGCUUGCCCCGGAGCGCUCGGUCUCAGGCCCCCUGGGGCCCCUGAGCUGUACUUCACCACCCCCAGCCCCUCUCCUGCACACCAUGCUGGACUUGGAGGAGUUUGUCCCCCCGGUGCCCCCACCGCCCUACUAUCCCCCCGAGUACACCUGCAGCUCAGAGACCGAUGCCCAGAGCAUCACCUACAAUGGAUCCAUGGACAGCCCAGUGCCCUUGUACCCCACCGAUUGCCCUCCUUCCUAUGAGGCUGUCAUGGGGCUCCGCGGAGACAGCCAGGCCACUCUGUUCGACCCUCAGCUUCAUGAUGGUUCCUGCAUGUGUGAGCGUGUUGCCUCCAUUGUAGAUGUGUCCAUGGACAGCGGGUCUCUGGUGCUGUCGGCCAUCGGUGACCUCCCAGGCGGCUCGAGCCCGUCCGAGGACUCGUGCCUGCUGGAGCUGCAGGGCUCCGUGCGCUCCGUCGACUACGUGCUCUUCCGCUCCAUCCAACGCAGCCGCGCCGGCUACUGCCUCAGCCUGGACUGCGGCUUGCGAGGCCCCUUCGAGGACAGCCCCGGGCCCCGGCGGCCGCCGCGGGCCGCCCGCUCCUACUCCUGCUCCGCCCCCGAGGCGCCCCCGCCUUUGGGGGCCCCCACGGCCGCCCGCAGCUGCCACCGCCUGGAGGGCUGGCCGCCCUGGGGGGGGCCCUGCUUCCCCGAGCUGAGGCGGCGCGCGCCCCGGGGGGGUCCCCGCCCCGCGGCCGCCCCUCCCCCCCGCGGGGGUCCCCCACGCCGCUUCAGCGACAGCUCAGGUUCCCUCACCCCGCCGCCGGGGCUCCGGCCGCCUCAUCCUCCGGCUCCCCCGUCUCCGCUGCUGCUGCCGCGGUCGCACAGCGAUCCGGGCAUCACCACCUCCAGCGACCACGCUGACUUCAGGGACCUCUAUACCAAAGUGCUUGAGGAAGAAGCUCCUUCCAUGUCCUCUGCAGAUACAGCCCGCUGCCCUUCCCCUAAGUUGCUACGUGCCCGCUCAGCCGAGAAACGGCGCCCUGUGCCCACCUUCCAGAAGGUUCCGCUGCCCUCCGGCCCUGCCCCGGCCCACUCCCUGGGGGACCUAAAGGGCAACUGGCCAGGCCGGGGCUUGGUCAGUCGUUUUCUUCAGAUGUCCAGGAGGACCCCAGAAUCCAAUGGGAGUCCGACUCAUGGGCACAAACCAGUGCCCCGGAGCCCAUGGGGCCGGCCUGGCCGAGAGAGCCUCCACCUUCGAAGCUGUGGGGAUCUGAGCUCCGGCUCCUCCCUGCGGCGCCUCCUGUCUGGCCGCAGGCUGGAGCGUGGGGCCCGGCCGCACAGCGUCAGCCUUAACGGGGGCAGCCGGGAGACCAGACUCUGACCACGCCGUGGGGCGAGCAGGUCCAGAUGAGUGCUGGGGCCACAGGCAACGGCAGCCCCCACCGCCCCUCUGCAUUGGCCGACACAAAAGAAAAACCUGCUGAAUGCCCCCCCAGAACUACUCCAGCCCCUCUGACCUGGGGGGUUCCUGCUGCUUGGCCUUGCCCCUCCAGGCUGGGGGCACUGCUGUUGUGCGGGGCUGCAUGGGUAUUCAGCCACGAAGAGACCCCCUUGCUUACAGCAUCGGAGGAGGAAAGGGAAUUAAGGGCUGGCUCCCCCCGUCACUAAAGGAAUGCUGAUCCCUGACAUGGCCUCGAGGCCCCAAGGGCAGUGCCUAUGGGAUGGGCUGGUGGGGCUGGAAGCCUUGAACGUCUGGGUGGCCCCUCAGCUCUACCACCUCUAGCUGCAUGACCCGAACAAGUUAUUUAACCUCAAUUGCCUGAUCCGUAAAACAUUGUGAGGACACCUGUUUGUAAAGCUCUGAACACACUAAGUAAGCCUUCAAUAAAUUUCAAUUUUCCCCUUC